AUGGGAUCGACAGCCUCCAAACCCGAUCCCCAAUACUCCACCCCCUUAGAGUGCCUGCUAGCUAACCUGCGGACUCUAGGGCUAAAGAGAGAUAUCCGUCCCAAGCAGCUCACUUUUCUGUGCUCACAGGCCUGGCCUCAGUAUUCCCUAGAUAAUGGCUCACAAUGGCCAGCCACAGGGACACUAGACUUUGACGUCCUCCGUGAUUUGGAUAAUUACUGCCGGAGAACGGGAAAAUGGUCUGAGGUCCCCAAUGUUCAGGCCUUUUGGGCUUUGUGCUCUCGCCCCACCCUGUGCACUACGUGUGCUCCUAGCCAGAUCCUACUCACCAUGGCCCCCCCGACUCCACCCUCCCGAGCUAAGCCAACCCCUCCCGCUUCUGAGUCCUCUGCUUUCUCUGUUCCCCCAGAAGAUCUGGUGGCCCCCCCUCCCUACGCCUCUCCCACGGCCCCCUCCCCUUCCUCUCCGGUUCCUACUCCCUCCCCUUCCACUCCGGCCCCUCCUACCUCUUCCCCCUCCUCUCCGGCCCCUCCUAACCCCUCCCCCUCUAACCCUACUCCGGCCUCUUUUGCUCCUGUUCCCGCCCCUGAGGCUUCACCGCCGGCCCCAGAUUCUCCAGCCAUUAACCCUAUCUUGUAUCCUCCUCUUCCCCCUGUCACUCCCUUCUCGUCUCCGGUUAGCUCCCACACUCGCUCCCAUAGCAACCCUCCAGGGGCCUCCCCGCCCCCUCCCCCAGCCCCGCUACUCCCUCUGCAACAAGUAGCCGGAGCUGAGGGUCUAGCCCAGGUCCAUGUCCCCUUCUCUCUCCAGGACUUAGCACAGAUUGAGGCCAAGCUGGGAUCCUUUUCCUCCAACCCCACUCAGUACAUUAAGCAGUUUACUGGUCUGACCCGCGCCUAUGCCUUAACAUGGCAGGACAUAUAUGUCAUCCUGGGAUCUACCACCACCCCCGAGGAGAGGCAGGCCAUUUGGACGGCAGCCAGGGCUAAGGCCGACCAGCGGCAUAGUGCCAACCCCUCCCCCCAGCGCCCCCCGGGAGCUCAGGCAGUUCCUGACACCGACCCUGAUUGGAACUACCAGGAAGGGGGUGGCGGCCAGCUGCGGGUACGCUAUAUGAUAGAGUGUCUCCUUGAUGGGAUGGAAACGUCCUCUCAUAAAGUGGUAAACCUCCUCAAACUAGAUGAGGUGACUCAGGGGCCCGAUGAAAACCCAGCCAUGUUUCUUAAUCGGCUGACUGAGGCCCUUGUUCAAUACACCAGACUGUCCCCUGAGUCCCCCAUGGGGGCAGCUACCUUGGCCAAUCGUUUUAUCUCCCAAUCCGCACCUGACAUCCGAAAAAAACUGGCCAAGGCUGAGGAUGGCCCUCAGACCCCUAUUCGAGACCUGGUAAAAAUGGCCUUUAAAGUUUAUAACGCCCGUGAAGAAACUGCUGAGGCCAGCCGAAAGGCAAGGCUCAAACAAAAGGCAGAAUUUCAGGCAAGCCUCCUAAACCAGCAAACCCAGGCCUUGGUAGCAGCCCUCCGGCCGGCGGCGGACUCGGGGCCCCAAAACCCCCCUCCGGGGGCCUGCUUCAAGUGCGGCCAAGAAGGACACUGGGCCAAGAUGUGCCCCAAUCCGCGGCCUCCUUCCAAGCCGUGCCCGUUGUGCAAACAACGAGGACACUGGGCUAGUGACUGUCCCCGGGCCUCUCGGGCUCCGACCUCUAGGGGCCGGAGACCAGAGCGCCCCAGGGAGACCUCCUGCCCUCCUCCGGCCUCGGAACUGCUGAGCUUCAAUGAUGACUGA